CGGCCGCGUCCCGCCCCGUUCCGUAGUGAGUGGCGGCGGUGCCGGGGGCUGGGGAAGACCCUGCGAGGCGCCCGGGGGUCCGGCAGCCCUGCCCUCCCCUGUCGGGACAGGCCAGCCGCUGGGGAGCCUGGCUUUCCGUAGGGUAAAGCAAACCCUGCAGAGACUUGCUAGAGAGAGACCACCUCCCAUUUCACAUCUCCCUAAGUGGACUAUGGUGGCAGGAAGAUGUUGGCUCGCAAGAGUAUCAUCCCUGAAGAGUAUGUGCUGGCACGUAUCGCUGCUGAGAACCUGCGCAAGCCGCGCAUCCGUGACCACCCGCGCAAAGCCCGCUUCAUCGCCAAGAAUGGCGCCUGCAACCUGGCUCACAAGAACAUCCGUGAGCAGGGGCGAUUCCUGCAAGACAUCUUCACCACCCUGGUGGACCUGAAGUGGCGUCACACACUGGUCAUCUUUACCAUGUCCUUCCUGUGCAGCUGGCUGCUCUUUGCCAUGAUGUGGUGGCUGGUGGCCUUUGCCCAUGGCGACAUGGACCCAAGCACAGAAAACCCUUCAAACAGCACGAAGUGGACGCCGUGUGUGACAUGUGUCAGGUCUUUCACCUCUGCUUUCCUCUUCUCCAUCGAAGUCCAGGUGACCAUUGGCUUUGGGGGCAGGAUGAUGACUGAGGAAUGUCCCCUAGCUAUUACCGUCCUGAUCCUGCAGAAUAUUGUGGGGCUGAUCAUCAAUGCUGUCAUGCUGGGCUGCAUAUUCAUGAAGACAGCACAAGCUCACCGGCGGGCCGAGACACUGAUCUUCAGCCGGCAGGCAGUCAUUGCCGUCCGCAACGGCAAGCUCUGCUUCAUGUUCCGGGUGGGGGACCUGAGAAAGAGCAUGAUCAUCAGCGCCUCAGUGAGAAUCCAGGUCGUGAGAAAGACCACGACCCCUGAAGGAGAAGUCAUACCCAUUCACCAAGUGGAUAUCCCCGUGGAUAACCCCAUUGAAAGCAACAACAUUUUCCUGGUGGCUCCCUUGAUCAUUUGUCAUGUCAUAGACAAGCAGAGUCCUCUCUAUGAUAUCUCUGCUUCUGACCUGGCACUCCAGGACCUGGAGCUCAUUGUGAUACUGGAAGGGGUCGUAGAAACCACCGGUAUCACGACACAGGCAAGAACCUCCUACGUGGCAGAGGAGAUCCUGUGGGGUCACCGCUUCGUGCCCAUCGUCACUGAGGAGGAAGGUGUGUACUCUGUUGACUACUCCAAGUUUGGCAACACUGUCAAAGUGGCUGCGCCGCGCUGCAGUGCCCGGGAGCUUGAUGAGAAGCCCUCCAUCCUCAUCCAGACCCUGCAGAAGAGCGAGCUGUCCCACCAAAACUCCCUGAGGAAGCGCAACUCCAUGAGGAGAAACAACUCCAUUCGGAGGAGCAACUCCAUGCGGAGAACCAACUCCUCGCUCAUUGUGCCCAAAGUGCAGUUUAUCACGCCGGAGGGGAGCCAGAGUGCCUCAGAAACGUGAUGCACAGCUUUGUACCAGGGCACUGGGCUUCAGAAGGAGGAGGCAUCUGUGGUAUUUUGCUUCAAUUUCCUUUUACUUCAGAAACCGAGAACACAAUGCAAAAGGGAACCGUGCAAGAACUAUUUAUUCUAUUAUUUACUGAAAGCACCACCUAAUGGCAUUAGAAAACACCUUAGCACUUAGGAUAUGAAUUAAUAAAAAAUGACACGUACACUAAAGAAAACACACUUCACUCAUGUAAAACAAUGUGUAUUUUUACUUGUUUUAAUAGCAUGCUGAUUUUUUUUAAUCAUAUUUUUCCUUUCAAGGGUCUCUUUCUUCUGCUCGCUGUCACAAAAUGUGAGUCUUUCCUAUGUGAGUGCUUCAUAAAACUUCUGUAUUAAACAGCUCACACAGAUUUUGUGCAUGACAUUUGGA